GAUCUAUCUUUAAUUUCGGCCGGAACAGCGUCUGCCGUCGUCUGCGUCGGCCUCUCGCCAUGGGCUAAUCGCGGCUGCAACUGCAUCCUGGAUAGUUUUUACCAAUGUUGGUGGUGGUCGCUGUUAUGGCCAAAAGUAUAACAGCGGAACAUCACGCGCACUCGUUCCAACAUUUCCAUGGUCCUGUCGAAGGACAUCACCAGGAAGUGUCAUGGGUUGACAAGCAUGGCCACCAUCAUCAUGACUACGUAGCCAAACCUCAUUACAAGUUCUCGUACGGAGUGGAGGACCACCACACCAAGGACAUGCACGGCCAUAAGGAGCAUCACGACGGCGACCACGUCACCGGUGAGUACGUGGUCCAUGAACCCGGCGGUAACGUGAGGACUGUGAAAUACCACGUCGACAAAUACGGUUUCCACCCCGUCGUCCACAACAGCAACGGCAUCGACCAUGGCGACUACCAUCACAACAAGCACCACUAAAAAAAAAAUCUACGAUUGAUAUUGUUGAGUUUCUGUUUGUUACCCCCUUGUUAUUAUACGGACGCACAGUGCCCAGAGAAUAAUCUGGACAGUGUCAUCCGUA